AAUGGGGACGGGAAAUAGGUUCUGUGUGCUCUCCGGGGGUAUUGUGUCAGGAGAUGCAGGCUGGCUACCAUGUGACGCGGUCCAGAGCUGAAGGGAUUGGCCGAGGCAGCGCAGGCGGUGCAGCUUGGCCGGCUUGCUGUUCCUCUCCCUUUCUCUCGCAGCAUCUUCCUGGGAGCCUGUAGGUGAAGCAGCACCACAAGCAUCCAUGGCCUAUCUUUGGGGUUAACACUUGUCUCCUUUGGCUUCAGCAUCGGACAGAGCAGAUCUCUCGACAGCAGCAGCAGCGUUGUGAGGACUUAGCUGGGACCUGGAAUCGUAUCCUCCUGUCUUUUUUCAGACUCUUUGGAAAUUAAGGAAUGCAAUUCUGCCACCAUGAUGGAAGGAUUGAAAAAACGUACAAGGAAGGCCUUUGGAAUACGGAAGAAAGAAAAGGACACUGAUUCUACAGGUUCACCAGAUAGAGAUGGAAUUCAGCCCAGCCCACAUGAACCACCCUACAAUAACAAAGCAGAGUGCGCACGUGAAGGAGGAAAAAAAGUUUCGAAGAAAAGCAAUGGGGCACCAAAUGGAUUUUAUGCGGAAAUUGAUUGGGAAAGAUACAACUCGCCUGAGCUGGAUGAAGAAGGCUACAGCAUCAGACCUGAGGAACCCGGCUCUACCAAAGGAAAGCACUUUUAUUCUUCAAGCGAAUCGGAAGAGGAAGAAGAAUCACACAAGAAGUUUAAUAUCAAGAUUAAGCCAUUGCAAGCUAAAGACAUUCUUAAGAACGCUGCAACUGUAGAUGAACUGAAGGCAUCAAUAGGCAACAUUGCACUUUCCCCAUCACCAGUGAGGAAAAGUCCGAGGCGCAGCCCGGGUGCAAUUAAAAGGAACUUAUCCAGUGAAGAAGUAGCGAGACCCAGGCGUUCCACACCAACUCCAGAACUCAUAAGCAGAAAACCUCCAGAUGACACCAUGGCACUUGCUCCCCUCUUUGGCCCACCAUUAGAAUCAGCUUUUGAUGAACAGAAGACAGAAGUUCUUUUAGAUCAGCCUGAGAUAUGGGGUCCAGGCCAACCAAUUAAUCCAAGCACAGAGUCGCCAAAGUUAACAAGGCCUUUUCCCACUGGAACACCUCCACCACUGCCUCCAAAACACGUACCAGCCACUCCACCCCGAACAGGCUCCCCCUUAACAACUGGACCAGGAAAUGACCAGGCAGCCACAGAGGUCAAAAUUGAAAAACUACCAUCAAUCAAUGACUUGGACAGCAUUUUUGGCCCUGUGUUGUCCCCCAAGUCUGUUGCUGUUAAUGCUGAAGAAAAGUGGGUCCAUUUUUCUGAUACAUCCCCGGAACGUGUUACUCCAGAGUUGACUCCAAGGGAAAAGGUGGUGUCCCCACCAGCUGCCUCAGACAACCCAGCUGACUCCCCGCCUCCGGGCCCCCCGGGCCCUCCUGGUCCCCCAGGACCUCCAAGUCCCCCUCGCAAUGUACCAUCGCCACUCAACUUGGAAGAAGUCCAGAAGAAAGUCGCUGAGCAGGCCUUCAUUAAAGAUGAUUACUUAGAAACAAUCUCAUCUCCUAAAGAUUUGGGGCUGGGGCAGAGAGCAACUCCGCCUGCCCCACCACCACCCACCUACAGGACUGUGGUUUCAUCCCCUGGACCUGGCUCGGGCAGUGGUACAGGGACCACCAGUGGUGCAUCAUCCCCUGCUCGGCCAGCCACCCCCUUGGUUCUUUGCAGCACCACGACCCCACCUCCACCUCCUCCCCGGCCUCCGUCUCGGCCAAAGCUACCUCCAGGGAAGCCUGGAGUCGGAGAUGUGCCCCGACCUUUCAGCCCUCCCAUCCAUUCUUCCAGCCCUCCUCCGAUAGCACCCCUAGCCCGAGCUGAAAGCACUUCUUCAAUAUCGUCCACAAAUUCCUUGAGUGCAGCCACCACCCCGACAGUUGAGAAUGAACAGCCUUCCCUCGUUUGGUUUGACAGAGGAAAGUUUUAUUUGACUUUUGAAGGUUCUUCCAGGGGACCCAGCCCCCUAACCAUGGGAGCCCAGGACACCCUCCCUGUUGCAGCAGCAUUUACAGAAACGGUCAAUGCCUACUUCAAAGGAGCAGAUCCGAGCAAAUGUAUCGUGAAGAUUACUGGAGAAAUGGUGUUGUCCUUUCCUGCCGGCAUCACCAGACACUUUGCCAACAACCCAUCGCCAGCUGCCCUGACUUUUCGGGUGACAAAUUUCAGCAGGUUAGAACACGUCCUGCCAAAUCCCCAACUUCUCUGCUGUGAUAAUACCCAAAAUGAUGCCAAUACCAAGGAAUUCUGGGUAAACAUGCCAAAUUUGAUGAUUCAUCUAAAGAAAGUGUCGGAACAAAAGCCCCAGGCUACAUAUUAUAACGUGGAUAUGCUCAAAUAUCAGGUGUCAGCCCAGGGCAUUCAGUCCACACCUCUGAACCUGGCAGUGAACUGGCGAUGUGAGCCGGCAAGCACCGACCUGCGCAUAGAUUACAAAUACAAUAUGGAUGCAAUGACAACGGCCGUGGCCCUCAACAAUGUGCAGUUCCUGGUCCCCAUAGAUGGAGGGGUAACCAAGCUCCAGGCUGUGCUCCCACCAGCAGUCUGGAAUGCUGAACAGCACAGAAUAUUGUGGAAGAUUCCUGAUAUUUCUCAGAAGUCAGAAAAUGGAGGAGUGGGCUCUUUAUUGGCAAGAUUUCAGUUAUCUGAAGGCCCAAGCAAACCUUCCCCAUUGGUUGUGCAGUUUACAAGUGAAGGAAGCACCCUUUCUGGCUGUGACAUUGAACUUGUUGGAGCAGGGUAUAGAUUUUCACUCAUCAAGAAAAGGUUUGCUGCAGGAAAAUACUUGGCAGAUAACUAAUAAAAUCUUAUGCAAGGAUUUGGAGGAUUCGUAUAAUGGUGAACUACUGUAUGAGAAACAGGUUUUAAUUUUGGUUUGAUGAAAACAAACCAAAAUCUGCACUUGGGGUAUAUCUGCUGGAAAUGUCAAUGACUUUCAGCAAUGAUUUCCCUCACACAAUACCAUGAUGACCAGUCCUACAGUAUUUACUUCUAGGUGUAAUAUUGUUAAUGGUUUUAAAAUGUAAUUAUUGUAUUUGUAAAUUGUACUCAUUCCAGUAAGGCAGUUAUACUUGAGUUUUAGCAUUUUACCAUUCCUGAAAUGGAUGUAAUUUAAACUGUGGUAUGUAAAUUUAAUAGUAGUACUGUUGAAUGGCACAAUGCUUACAGAGGUAGAUUGCAUUUUGUCAAUAUAUAAAAUUUAAAUAUAAUAUUGAUAGCUGUCAUAAGGGGGUGCCACACACAAAGAAAAUUCAGUGGAACCAGAAAAAAACUUCCUUUUCUUCGGUCCUUAGUAUGUUUUACUCUAGUGCUAAAUAAAAAUUCUAUCUUCAAAUAUUUAGUGGGUUAAAGUCAGAAACUAUUUCAGAAAAAAAAAUUCUAAGGUACAUGUGCAUAUUCAAAGAAAAGCAUUAAUUACCACUUUUUAAAAAGCUUUUUUUUCAAACUGCAAAUUUCAUAAAAAUGCAAACUGUGUAAACAGGCCCUCUUAUUUUUAUAACUUGUGUAAAAAGGGAAAGCAAUUCAUAUUUAAAGUUUAUGAAAUUAUAAUCAAGAGUAAAGAAGAUGUCGAAGUCUUAACUACUUCCCCCUCUCUCCACAGUUUAGCAGAUGUGGAGAUUACUGAAUAAUCAGACUAAAACAAAAAUUGUGAUUUUAAAAUUUCAAGAAUUUCCAUAGUUGAACUGGUUAACAACUUUUGCACAAUAACUCUAUACAGAGAGUGCCUCCCAUCCAGCAUGGGGAAUGGUACCAAGCAUCUUCCUCUUUACCAAUAGGAACCAAAACAUUGAGUCUAAAUAUCCCAGAAAAAAAAGGUUUUAGUCCCCUACUUAAAUCCAGAAGGAGAAUUUUAAUUGUCAUCAUUUAUAUAAUUUGGGAAGGAAAAAAUAAGCUUUAUAAAUCAAAUUCUAACCACAUUAUUGUGCAAUAAAUUUCCUUUUGGAUAAGAGUCAUUGUAUGUAACUAUAAAUCUUUGCCAUUCUUGGGGAAUCAAAAAGAGAGUUAUCAAAAAUGUAUGUUAUGAUUUCAUUGUUGCAAGGUAUAAUAAAAACUGUAAUUACUCAGUCUGGCCUCAUAAUAUGGGAAUUCGGGAUGAAGAAGCUCUUCUUCAGGGGUCCCAGUUGUAAAACCUUCCUUCAUUACAAUCUGAAAACAUGAAUUUUCCUUUAAGUCAUAGAACCUAUUUUAAACAUAAACUAAUUCCUACUCUAGGUUAUACUAUUAAAUAACUAUAAUUAUUAAGUUGUUAUAUUCAUCAUUAGUUGAUAAAUUUUAUUUUACAUUCAUUCAUGCUUGACAAAGAAGCUUUAGCCUCUUUAAAUUUUAGAAUCAAAUUAAAUUUUGGAAGUCUUACAUUUAAAAUGAGAUUGUGACAGGCAAUUGUUUAUAGUGAAACCUUUUAAAUUAAUAUUUGUACUUCUCAAUCAGUGCUUGCUACCAAGAGAAUGUUCAAAAUGGCCUGUUUUACCUUAGAAGAAAUCUUACUGUCCAAACAACUCUCAAUUGGCUCGCCAAGCAGCCUCUGAUGUUGAAGUUUUUUGAACAAGUAAGUAAUAAACUCACUUUAAGCAAAGAUAUUCAAUUUGAUUUUGUAACCACAAUAGUAAAUGCAAACUUUUAAAUCCCAUGAAACAUGGGGAAAUUUCAGACACUGAAACCGAUGGAGAGUAAGUAACAGAAAAUUGAGAAUUAUCCAGCAUAUGAAUAUAAAAAUGUGUUUUUAAGAAAUCAGUUCAUGAGAAAACAUAUUGAAUAUUAACACAAAGGCAUAUUAAAAGUGUAUAAAUAUUA